CGAGUUGGAAGAGGCAAGUCCGAUCUCAAAAUGGAGGUAAAACCGCCGCCCGGUCGCCCCCAGCCCGACUCCGGCUGUCGCCGCCGCUGCCGGGGGGAGGAGGGUCAUGAUCCCAAGGAACCAGAGCAGUUGAGAAAGCUGUUUAUUGGUGGUUUGAGCUUUGAAACUACAGAUGAUAGCUUAAGAGAACAUUUUGAGAAAUGGGGCACACUUACAGAUUGUGUGGUGAUGAGAGAUCCCCAAACAAAACGUUCCAGGGGCUUUGGUUUUGUGACUUACUCUUGUGUCGAAGAAGUGGAUGCCGCAAUGUGUGCUCGACCGCCCAAGGUUGAUGGGUGUGUAGUGGAACCAAAGAGAGCUGUUUCUAGAGAGGAUUCUGUAAAGCCUGGUGCCCAUCUAACAGUGAAGAAAAUUUUUGUUGGUGGUAUUAAAAAAGAUACAGAAGAAUAUAAUUUGAGAGACUACUUUGAAAAGUAUGGCAAGAUUGAAACCAUAGAAGUUAUGGAAGACAGGCAGAGUGGGAAAAAGAGAGGAUUUGCUUUUGUAACUUUUGAUGAUCAUGAUACAGUUGAUAAAAUUGUUGUUCAGAAAUACCACACUAUUAAUGGGCAUAAUUGUGAAGUGAAAAAGGCCCUUUCUAAACAAGAGAUGCAAUCUGCUGGAUCACAAAGAGGUCGUGGAGGUGGAUCUGGCAACUUUAUGGGUCGUGGAGGAAACUUUGGAGGUGGUGGAGGUAACUUUGGCCGUGGUGGAAACUUUGGUGGAAGAGGAGGCUAUGGUGGUGGAGGUGGUGGCAGCAGAGGGAGUUAUGGAGGAGGUGAUGAUGGAUAUAAUGGAUUUGGAGGUGAUGGUGGCAACUAUGGCGGUGGUCCUGGUUAUAGUAGUAGAGGAGGUUACGGUGGUGGUGGACCAGGAGGAUAUGGAAACCAAGGUGGUGGAUAUGGUGGCGGUGGUGGAGGAUAUGAUGGUUACAAUGAAGGAGGAAAUUUUGGAGGUAACUAUGGUGGUGGUGGAAACUAUAAUGAUUUUGGAAAUUAUAGUGGACAACAGCAGUCAAAUAAUGGACCCAUGAAAGGGGGUAGUUUUGGUAGAAGAAGCUCGGGCAGUCCCUAUGGUGGUGGUUAUGGAUCUGGUGGUGGAAGUGGUGGAUAUGGUAGCAGAAGGUUCUAAAAACUCAGAAGAAAAGGGCUACAGUUCUUAGCAGGAGAGAGAGCGAGGAGUUGUCAGGAAAGCUGCAGGUUACUUUGAGACAGUCGUCCCAAAUGCAUUAGAGGAACUGUAAAAAUCUGCCACAGAAGGAACGAUGAUCCAUAGUCAGAAAAGUUACUGCAGCUUAAACAGGAAACCCUUCUUGUUCAGGACUGUCAUAGCCACAGUUUGCAAAAAGUGCAGCUAUUGAUUAAUGCAAUGUCGUGUCAAUUAGAUGUACAUUCCUGAGGUCUUUUAUCUGUUGUAGCUUUGUCUUUUUCUUUUUCUUUUCAUUACAUCAGGUAUAUUGCCCUGUAAAUUGUGGUAGUGGUACCAGGAAUAAAAAAUUAAGGAAUUUUUAA